UCAGUUGAAGGCGUAAAUGCGCAGAAUAAAAAAAGUGCAAAAGUUUGGUAAUAGACAUGUUCGAAUCGCCAAAAGUAAUGGCGGUAAAAACACAGAAAGUAGGGAUGAGGUUUUGUAGCGCGAUUCUGAUGUAAAAAACAAAGAGAUUCACGUAAUAUGGUAAUAAAUUUGCAUCAUGAAAAAUGAUGAAAAUUCAUUUCAAUAAAUUAAGAUCGUAUGUGACAGUGAGUUUCUCAUCAUCGGUGAUUCUUCCUCGUAAAUAUUUCAACGGUGGGGGGAUCAGCUCGAUCACAACAGCGCAAAAAAAUUAUCUGCACUGGUCUGCUGCAAACAUCAAAUCGCGACCGCUUUUUCCAGAAACUCGCCAAUUUUGUCUGUAUUUCUUGUUUAAAAGUUCAUUCAAAUCUUUUAUAUCACUCGCCGGUGAGACAAUGGCAACGAAAAGUGCCAUUUUACUACUGGCUGACGGUGCUGAAGAAAUGGAAGCAGUUAUAACUGCCGAUGUUUUACGUCGAGCCGGUAUUGAUGUUAUGAUUGCCAGCAUCACUGGAAAUGAAUCUGUAAAAUGCAGUCGAAAUGUUACCAUAGUAGCUGAUGCCAAGUUCGAUGCAGCGAUAAAGGAUAGAAAAUACGAUGUUGUUAUUCUCCCUGGUGGUCUAGAAGGAUCCAAAGCCCUUGCUAAAUCUACAGAAGUAGGGACUCUCCUAAAAGCUCAAGAAAAGGAAAAUCGCAUUAUCGCUGCAAUUUGUGCAGCACCAACUGCUUUGAAAGCUCAUGGAAUUGCAAAAGGAAAAAAAAUAACGUCAUAUCCAUCUAUGAAGGAGCAAUUAACCGAGGAUUACCAAUACUUGUCUGAAAAAGUUGUAGUUGAUGGUAAUUUGAUUACUAGCCAAGGACCAGCUACUGCUUACAACUUUGGACUAGCAAUCGUUGAAAAAUUAUUGAAUAAAGAAACAGCGCUAAAAGUGGCCUCAGGUCUACUGUUCGGAGAUUAUAAGUAACUAAAAGGUCGAUUUGAAUCAACGUAUCGUUCAAACGAUGUAUUGCUAUUAAUAUUUCUGGAUUUACAAAUAGUAAACUGAUCAAUUAAAAAUGGUAUAAUAAUGGAGAUUCGAAGGAGAAAUUGUCACUAUUUCAUUUACAAAAAUUCUUGAAUUAUAAUCUUUUGUUCAAAUUCAUUCAAUACUCUGGGAAUCAAAAUUAUUUUCACAGUUUGAAAAUAUACUUUGAUGGAAAAAGUCAUCGUUUUUUUUGUCUUAUGUAUCCGCCGCACAUGAAUAUAUAUGUCAACAGCAAAAUAAAGAUUACUGCAAUCCCGA